GUUUUUAGAUUGCAUGUUUCCCGUUUUUGCUGAGUGGUAUAACUACUUCGACAUUACUUCAUACUUUGAUAUCUAAAUGAAUUUUCAACGUAUAUUCCCAUAUUAUUAAUUGCCAAAAUGGCAUAUUACAUAUAUUGAAACAUACUCAUAUAUCUGCUGUCACGCUAUACACUCCGUUUCGGAUCCGGUGUGACUUAAAAGGUCUAUAUCCCAAUGCAGGUUUCAAUCAGAACUCUUCGAGUUACCGAACAGCAUUCCUUCGCCUGUUUAGUACACACGCGCACACAUAUAUUCGGAGUGAACCUAAUUUAUUUGGUCGUGCAAUAUUCGCUAGUAAAUUUUGAAUAAAUUGAGUGAACUACGCCUAUAUAAUGUACAGUUUAUGUUUAUAUAAUUUAAUAUAGUGUGUAUUUAUGUUGGUGUGUCUAUAAAAUAUAUACAGUCAAUAUAAUAAAUACAAUAAAUUUUGUCGUGCAAUUUUCCAUUAUACGAAAUUUUGGAAAAAGAAGAAGCGUGAUUUUACCAGCUCUCUAUAAGAAAAAAAUCGACAGUGUGAACCAUGACUUCAAUAGAUUUAGUACCGUUUGAAGAAGAGCUAAAGAGAAAUCCUGAAUUGAAAGAAGCGGAUAUACAAAUGUUGAGAGAAUGGUGUGAAAAACAACCUCAUUUGCCAAAGAUAUCAAACAGCGAAUUAGCAUUGUUUUUACACAGCAAUUAUUAUCGACUUGAGCCGACAAAGACCACUAUCGAUACCUUCUUCACAGUUAGAACUCAUGUACCCGAAUUCUUUUGCAAUCGGGAUUUAAUAAACAAUAAAGAACUCAAAAAAGCCAAGCAAAUUGUAACACAACAGAUUUUGGAAGGAACUACUAAAGACGGCUACAAAAUCAUCUAUGGAAGAUUGCUGGAUAGCGAGCCAUCGCACUUUGUUUAUAACGACACUAUGAAAUUGCUAAAUAUGGUAAUAGAUUUGUGGCUCUAUACACAAGGUACCUGUAAUGGCCACGUAAUAUUGUUCGACAUGAAAAAUGUUUCUUUCGGCCAUGUUGGCCGUUUGAGUCCCAUGGGACUCAAGAAAUUUCUUUACUAUCUACAAGAGGGUUUGCCCGUCAGGCUAAAAGGUUUCCACUUUAUGAAUGCUUCUCCGGUAAUCGAUGUUAUUCUAAAUAUGAUGAGACCUUUUAUGAAGAAACAGCUGAUGGAUAUGUUCCAUAUGCAUACUACAAAUGACACUCUGGAAAAAUUCGUACCACUCGAAGUUCUUCCGAAUGAAGCAGGCGGUCAGGCUGGCCCGAUACAAGAAUUACACGAGAAACAAAUAAAAAAAUUGGAAGAUCACGUUGCUUGGUUUCAAGAGGAAGAAACUAAUCAUCGCGUCAAUGAAGCGCUGCGACCCGGCAAAGCAAAGACAGCGACGGAUUUAUUUGGUGUCGAAGGAAGUUUUAAGAAACUCGAGAUUGAUUAAUCAAGCAAUAAUCUUUGAAUGUUUUACAGCGAAUGUUUUAAAUCUGUUAUUUUCAAGAUAUAAUAAUCACCUCCAAUAUUCAGAAAUAAAAACAAUAGUCUAACAAUA